AUGGGCUUUGUGUUUGUGUCAGUUCCCUUGGCUUCCCAAGUUCCACAGGAGCAACAUGGAGGAGCCCGGAUGCAUGCAGAUGAAAUUGAGAAAAUCAAGAGAGAAGUCAUAGUUGAAUAUUGUCAGAAAUUUAACCAGCACAUGUCUCACUACGCUCUUCGGGGCCAGAUCAUGGCCUACUGCAAUAGCCUGAGGGCCCUGCUGGAAGACUUUCCUACCAUCAGGGACACUUUUUUCAUGGUGGGGCAACCACAGGAAAAGAAGGGGUUGAGGGAUUCCAAGAAGGGCUGCAAGGACGACCUCAGUCUAGUGGAGGAAAGAUCUACAAACAAAAAAAGCGGUUUCAAAGAUUACAAAGAUAACAUGUUGGAGUUAUGUAAAAAGUUCAGUGAUGGCAUCAAAGGAGUGUUUAAGUCCUUCCCAGGGCCUCAGGGAGAAAUUCAAAAGGAGGUUGUGACAGUGUCUGAGCUUCAAGGGCUACAGAAAAUGAUUGACAGCCUCGAGAGACCCCAAGACCCCACCCAGGUGUCCCAGGCGCUCCUCCUCCGGAGGGAGGUCCUGUUUUUGCAAUUCGAUGCUGCAGUGAGGCACCUCAUCCGGACAUUUUUGACAGCUGGGAAUGCUCCUGCCUGCCAGUCUGUCACAGACGGCUUGUGCCAUGGGCUGCCACCGCUGAGCAACUCACUGAUAAAGAGCAUUUUUGCUUCACAGCUCAGCCUGCCCCCGCCACUGGAUCUACAGAGCCUCCAGGCAUCUGUGCUGUUCCCUUGGAGAACGUUUCUAGAAGAUGGAGGACCGUUUCCAGUUAUGAGUAGCAGCCCAGAUACCCUGGAAUAUAAUAUGCAGCUGUGCCUCUGUAGGCUGAGUGACCAUGACCUCAAGGUGGCUCAUGGAGAGCUGGUGGACAUGCAACUGCUAAUGGGAGAUGUACUUCUGAGUAGUUAUCAUAUGAUCGUGGAGGGCCCCCCACGACAGCAGGGCACACUAGACGAAAAUACACAGCCAAAUUACCCCAAAGCAUCUGGAUUCAGAAGUCCGUUGCAGAGCAGCCCAAAGGCCCCCUGGCACCUGGGAGGCCUGUGCGAGGCGGUGGCGUCCCUUGCUUUGCUGAGAUCCUUUCUGGUGCUGUGGAAGCAGCUGGAGGUGCUGAAGGAGCAGUGGGGCUGGCUCAGGCUGCAAGGCCAGGACAUCACUUCUGUCUCUCUGCACGAACAGUUCUCGGAGCUCUAUGAAACUGACAUUCUGUAUCCGAGCAUGAAAGCUAUAGCUAGGAGGAUGGGGCAAGAAGAUGCAUUUGAGGAGCUUAUAAUAAGGAAUCAGUCUAUUCUUCCCCCUGAAGGGGCCUCAGAAAUUGAAAUAAAGACUCAGCAGCUUCAGAAACUGCUGGAAAAUCUUGAAAUUCAUAUGAUCCAGGAGGUAUUAAGACACGUUAACAGAGAGAUCGCACUGGUUGUGUCAGAAAAGUCCAAGGAGCAGCCUACUCUCCCCACAGACCUUUGGAAACAUCAAGUCAUGAAAGAAAACUUUUCAGUUAUCAGACCACAAAUAGUUGAAAAAUUUAUGCAGAGAUUAAUGGAGAAUUACCAGGAAGGUGGACUAGAGAUCACGUUCAGGAAAGACCACCUGGAGGCCUGUCUCCUUGCUCUGGGGUGUGAUGUGAUGGCAAGGGAACGCAGCAACUUCGAGAGCUACCCCAUGUGUUACGAGCAUGUGCUGGAACAUGUGAGGCUGAAGCUCUGUCAGAAGGAGCAGGAAUUGGAUAUUUUAAGAAGAAGUCAGAGUCCACCUGAAGAUAAUGCCGGUCUGGUUGCAGAGCUCAGCCACGACAUGAUCAUGGAAAUCACUGCUCUGAGAGCCCGACUCGCGGACUUGGAAGAGGGGAAUCUGAACCUCGAAAAGCAAAUCAGAAAAGAAGUGCAAGAAGAAUAUGAAGAUUUGGUCAAAACGUUGUUCACGGGUUGUUUACAGAUGAAAGUAAGUGACCUGGGUCGGACACCAGGGCAGCCCUGUGGGGAGCGGGUACAGCUGACCCCACGGGGGCUGCACCCGGAACUAUUGAGACGACAGGAUGGUCAUGAGAAUCCUCCAGCUCAGCUUUCUCUACAGAGAACGAAUCAGCGAUGGGUUGUCGUUAUUUUACCAGAACAGACACUGAGCUUUAGGGUUCACGCUCUCCCAAGAAGAGGGCUGGGGGCCGCCGCCUUUUCUGAAACUCAGCCUUCUUCACAGGAGCAGCUGCGGGACUUGGAGCAGGAGAACUGCAGCCUGGCCGCCCUGGUGUGCAAAGCCAGGCGCCUGGGCCGCUGGAGGCUGGCUGUGCAGCAGGCUCGCUUCCAGGGCCAGCUGAGCAGGGCCCAGAAGGAGGCUGCACAAAGUAAAAAGGAGUGUGUGAGCGCCAAGCUGAUGGCAGAACAAGAAGUGGUUUUAUUUCGCCAACAGCUACUGGCCCUGAGGCAGGCCCUGGCCCGGGCUCAGGCCGGCAACGUGAGGAUGUGCGAGCAGCAGGAGAGCCAGGCUCGGUUGCUGAAAGAGUUGGAACACAAAAUGACCCAGGAAUCUCUCCACCGGCAGCAGCUGGAUUUACUGAAAACCUCCAGCAUGGAGAGGCUCUUGGAAGAUGUGGAGCAAAAGGAACAGCACCUGCAGCUCCUUGCUGAAGAGGCCGAGCGGGCUGCUAGACGGGGCCAGCUCCAGAGGAGGAAAACAGAGCGAGAACUCCAGCAGAUGAGAAGGCAGCUCGCCCAGGAGCGCAGCGUGAAGCUGGCCGCUUUCCAGCGCGUGGAAGAGCUCCGGAGUCAGCUUACUGCCGCUGCGAGGUCCUCGGUCCCGAUGAGCUCACCCGGAGGCCUUCUACCCCGGGCUCCGUACUUCCUCAGUUCUGCUUCUGCAUCAUCCAGAUACUCUCAGCAAGACCUUCUAAAGACUAGUCUUAUGGGCAAUAAAAUAACAAGAAGGAUUCAGAGGCCAAAGACUGUACCUACUAAAUACAAAAAAAGGACUGACGAUGUCUUCCUACCCAAUGUGUCAGAAAAUGUUCAAUUUUCAGCUUUUCAAGUUCAAACAGCUCCAUCCAGAAUCCCCUUUAGACCUGACUGGUAAUCAUAAAUCCUUUUCCAACUUCUAUUUCUAUAAGCACUUAAAUAAAUAAAAAUGAUUCUAAACU